AUGGGCUGGCUCGACGAAGUCCCCCGCGCCGGCGGCCUCUACAUCGGCGGUCUCCACGCGCUCUACCAGAAACAAGACCUCUUCCGCGCCGCCCGGAUCACCCACAUCGUCUCCGUCAUGGACUACGAGAUCUACGGCGCCGACGGCGAGAAGUUCCCCGAGUACCGCUCCCUGCAGCUCCGCGUCGAGGACGACCCCAACGAGAACCUCCUCGACCGUUUCCCCGCCACCAACGCCUUCAUCCACGAAGCGCUCCGUGACGGCGCCGGCGGCCGCGUCUUCGUGCACUGCGCCAUGGGCAAGUCCCGCUCGGCGACCGUCGUGUGCGCGUAUCUGAUGUGGAAAUUCGGCCGUUCGCCCGAGCAGGCGUUGCGGCAAUUGUGUGAGGGCCGCCCGGUCUGCUCGCCGAACCCCGGCUUCCUGGAGCAGUUGGACGUCUAUCAUCACAUGUUGCAAUGCGGCGACGAUUCCGCCAGGGCGAAGGUCGUGUAUGACACUUGGCUCAAGGAGAGGUUUCGGGGCAGUGCCUGGGAGUGGGAGAAGAGGAGGGCGGAAAAGGUGUCGGCGGCGGCGAAGCUUUGA